AUGGCCGCACCCCCACCCGGUCAAGGCCACCAGCCCGACCUCGAGCAGGAGCUGCCGACCGUCCUCCAAGACCUCGUCCCGCUCGGCUACUUGGUCGAUCGCGUCGUCGCCCAGGCCUACUCGGACCUCGCCACUUUGGUCGAGACCCUCCCCUCCCACUCGGACCAGCUGCGCAAACGCGCCCUCGUCGACUAUGUCCUCAACACGCGCCGCCAACUCGUAAAGCUCCUCGUCCUCACCCGCUGGUCCACAGAGGCCAAACCCAUCCACAAGGCCAUGAACCUCGUCGGCUUCCUCUCGCGCCAGAACCACGCCGUCGACUCGGCCGUACACUCGCUCGAGCACGCCGCGACCCAACUCGCCGCCGCCCGCCUGCGCAACUACGACCUCGAGUCGGCCCUCACCGUCCUCUCGUCCGGCACCUACCCGGAGGCGGUGCGCAAGCGGAGGAGGGACCGGCCGUUGGACCGGGCGUACACCUUCUUGCAGCGCCUCGCCCUGUCGUACCAGCUCGAGGCCGUCGCAGCCUCGGCGGCGCGCCUCGCGGCGACGAGCUGGAGCGGGCACCUGAGCGUCGAGGUGAGCGCUGAGCGGGACGAGGUCCGCGUCGGGUACUGGACGUACCGCCCCGAGAUGCCGCCUCAGCAGCAGCAGCGCCCACCACCCUCGACCACUGCCGGCGGCGCACCACGGCCCGGCCCGGGCGGCACGCUCGUCUUUUCGGUCCGCGCACCGGCGGCGACGGCAUCACCAGGGCCACCAGGCCCGAGCGCGAGCGCCGCGGCGCCCGUGAGCGUCGCGCAGGCGCGCGAGGACGCGCUGCAGGCUGCGCUCGCUGCCGCAUCGUCGUCAUCCGCCUCGUCCACGUCGACCUCGGCGCUAGCCGACGUCGAGUCAGCGUCGUCGCCUGCGGCAAGCGUCCCCGCCGCGCUGUCCGUCACCUGGCUGCCGCCGCCGUCCCUCCU